GCCUAAGCUAUCGUGCGCUACAGGGCUUUUACAGGGCCUGUUUUGGGAGGCAUCCGCGUGGCCAGGCUCCCACAUCCCGUCUAGUCGCGUGGGCUUUUUCGCUCUCAUUUCCACGGGCAUGUCAUCACCUCGACUCAGCUCGUCUCGUAUUUGCUCUUAAUUCUUUUUUCCCUUCUUUGAAUUAUCAACCUUUUCCCUCCUUGUCUCAUUUUCGUAUUCUUUUGCCUAAGGCUUCUUUGUAGCGCGGCUGCCUGCCUUAUAUCCCCUGCUCUGCCGUGUAAGAGGGGUUUUUGCAGUUGGAACUGCUCGGUGUCCUACCAUAACGAGAGAUACUCGACUUUCAUACCUCAGUAUGCGCGGCCUCGUUCAGGCUGCCGUGGUGCUAGCACCGACGUUGGUGUUGGCUCAUGGACCUCACCAUCCUCCUCCUCCGCCUCCUCCGCCUCCUCCCAUGGGAUUUCUUCCCUCAGCUCUCGAUGUCACACCCUCAGCCUUUGUCACAGUCAAGCUCCCCUUGAGCGAAUCUGAAUCGUAUCCUCUGACACUACGAUUCGAUGUGGAGGAAUCAGAAGAAGUCUGUGGCCCCGCCAGCAUCACCCUCAAUGGCGAACCCCUCAAGCAAGACGCCAAGGGUCGCGGUGUCGGAUCUUUUCUCGUCAACAAUGAGACUACUAUCUCAGCAGACUGGGAUUUUGAAUGCAUCGGCCCCAAAGAAUUCCCCUUCGGCCAGUCUAUGCGCUUCAAUGUCAAGGCCCUUGACGACAUGGCUCUUACUCAGGAGUCUUCCUUCUGGAUGACGUUCAAGCAAACCGCACCAGUUCGAAUCUCCGACGUUGGAAACGCCGCCUAUGUCUGGAGUCUGUCAAUGCCUUUCAGCAAGGACAAGGAGUCCUCUUCUGACGACAAAUCCACCUCUACAUCACCGCCCAUCUGGGAGUAUCCCGACCGCGAUUUCCAGGAUCCCGAGGAGGAACUUCAGGUUGAGCUCAUGGAACUGAAUGCUUUGCACAAGCAGAUUCUUCAGCUUGAGGAACUGGUGAAAGAGAGGGAGGCAUCUGUUGCUAAGAAGCUGGGCAAGCAGUAUCCUCCCCCACCCCCUUCGACUAUGAAGAAGAUCAAGCAGUGUGAUGGCGUGCAGUGUGUGCUGCACACUGUUGGUGAGGAGAUGCGACACUCAGCUCACAGAUUCUACGACAGCAUAUUUGGACAUCCUCCACCCCCUCAUGGUCCUCAUCAUGGCCCUCAUCAUGGAAACGGUACUCACCGGGGCCCUCAUCCUCCUCAUCAUGGACCUCCUCAUCACCCGCCGCCUCCUCACCAUGGUCACCCUCCCUUCCCCUUCCCUGGAGGCCACCCUCCCCCUCCUAUGUGCGCCCCUUGCGCCUGCGAUCCUCACCAUGGAAACCCUCCUUCCCCUCCUCACCAUGGAGAUAAGCCUCAUCGCGACAGGCCUGAGCAUGGCCACGGUGGCUUCCGCGCUGAGGAUCAUGAGGGUCACCCCCCUCCACCUCCUCCCCACCAUCCCAUCAUUAUCAUCCUUGGAAUCGUGACCAUUGCUCUCGCUCUUUUCUGUGCUAUUUCCAUCGCCUACAUUCACCGCCGUGUAGCGCGUCUCAGCCCUGAGGCUCGUCGUGCUAUUCGCCGGGCAUUCCGCCAAACCCGCGACGAGCGUCGCAAGAACUCUGCUCUUAAGGCUGCUUACCGUGCUUUUGUCACUCGAUGGAUCGAGAACGAGGACGACGAGAAGGAGGCCAUGCUCAGCGGUGAGCGACGUCGACGAUCAUCUUCCUGCAGCAGCGUGACCAUGGAAGAGGAGAUUGCUUCUUUCCGUGAGGCUGCUCAUAUGGUUGAGGGCAUCGUCGCUGCUGAGGAGGGUCACCACAGCCAUGCUCGUUCUUACAGCUACGCUGCUGGUCCUCCUGUUCCUCCCCGUCCCUCACACACCACUGCUGCCACAGCAUACCCCGGUUUCAUGGAGACAGAUGAAAGCCUUCCCGCCUACGACGACGAUGAGCGUGACUCGUCGGUUGUAGCAGAUGGAUGCCGAUACACUCCUGGCAGCUCCGAUUAUACCCCUUCAAACUCCGGAUCCAAUGCCAGUGAUGUUCUGGGGGAUACCAAGAACUAAAUUAGACAAUGACUUUGGGCAUGAAUGAUUUUCUUUGCAUAUUACUAUGAUACACCAGAUUUCCUUGUUUUGAAUUUAUGCACAUCAGAUGUGGGAUAUUGGGAAUUGUAUUUACAAACAGCAAACGCUCUCGCUCAAUAGAAGCUAUAGCAAUCUAAUA